GCUACUUCAGAGGGAUGAAGCGGGAGGAGUAGGUGGCUCCGAUGCCAGGCCGGCCAUGCUUCACCGGCUUGUAGGUGAUGGAGAACUCAUCCAAGUAGUUGCCAGUCAUCUCAGGCCUGAUUUCCACCUGGUUGAAGGUCUUGCUGUUGUAUACGCCCACCAUGCUGCCCACCAUCUCGGGCAGGAUGAUCGUGUCCCGCAGGCCCCAGUUCAGCCAGCACCGCUGCCGGGCACUAUACAGCUGCAUCAGCUGCUCGUAAGACGUGCCAAGCAGCUGUUUGAGAUCCACGCCCGGGUAGGUGAACUUGUGGAAGGUCUGCUUCUUCUUUUGAUCCACUUCUGCCAUCUUGUUGGACCACCCACUCUGCAUCUUCAAGCUCAACUUUUAAAAAAUCAUCUUCAAAAUAUAGGUGCACUUACAGAGUGCUAUGAUGAGCUGGGUAACAGAUACCAGCUUCCAGUCUAUUGCCUGGCACCACCUAUCAACAUGAUAGAAGAAAAGAGCGACGUAGAGACUCUGGAUAUUCCUGAGCCACCUCCCAAUUCUGGAUAUGAAUGUCAGCUCCGUUUGCGCCUUUCCACUGGCAAAGACCUCAAACUUGUGGUCCGCAGCACAGACACAGUAUACCACAUGAAGAGGCGGCUCCAUGCAGCAGAGGGAGUGGAACCGAGUAGUCAGCGGUGGUUCUUUUCUGGCAGACCUCUCACUGACAAAAUGAAGUUGGAAGAGCUGAAGAUCCCAAAGGACUAUGUUGUACAGGUUAUAAUGAGCCAACCUUUGCAAAACCCAACACCAGUUGAGAACUGAGCUGGUCCUAUUGGCUGGUCCCCAGAUCCCUCCCGCUCCUUUUUAUUGUUGUUUCCUACUCUAUGGCGUGAAAUUUAUUUUCACUGCUCUGAAUUCAGUGUAAUGGAUUUAGUUCUGAGGAAUUAUCAGUGAAAAAUUCCAUCUGUGAUGGAGACCAACAAAAAUAAUAAAACACAAAGAGCUAGCCUUUGAGACUCAUGUAAUUACAAUUUCUAAUUUGAAGGGCAGUUAAGAAAUAGCCAUUUAUUUUAAAACACCCAGCAACUAUGUAAUUGCAGUAUUUAAAUGAUUUGGACUGUAAAUAGAACAUUGCACCCAUGAAGAAUAUCACCAAGGACUUUGUGAAUACAGAGUUUUUAUAAAAAUGAAUCAAAUAUAAUUUCCAGAAAUCAUCAAUAACAGUUAUAAGACUUGAGCUUCUUAAAAUGGAAACUGGAAAGAGCAGUAUCUGAGGUUCGCUUCUAUUCUGGUCUUAGUUCUUUGCUCAAUUAAUAUUUAGUCAUAAAAGGAUUAGAGACUGGCAAAUCGUGUUUCAGUAUUGCUUUCCUAUCCCCAUAUGUUGAGCUCUUUACUUUCACACUAAAUUUUGAUGCCUUCCAGCACAUUGGUGGCAGGCACUUCUGGAACACUAGGCAAUAAUUUACUCAGUGCAAUCAGAUCUGAUUUUCAGCUGAUACUCAGUGGAAAAGGCUCUUGCUCUCUUGUUGUAUAGGCAUUUUGAAAUGUCUGUAUAACGAAGCCGUGUUCCUACCUGGGCUUAGGUGGUCCAUACUGUAUCAUACCUUAAUUGCUCUCUCUACUCUGCUUGGGUCUCUGCAGAGCUAAUUGUGCCCCAAAUGCAUGGAUAGUGGGCCAGGGAAUGCAAGGAACCAAGUACAGCUAUUCCCUCUGCAGGGCAAUGAAGUCAUUCUCUCUUCUCCCCAAUUUGCAGGAAGGGUGUAAGGAAACCCAGUUCAUCUGUGCCUGGGAGAAUUGUGCCUAUUUUCAGUCUUUGAGAAGAAAUUUCAACUCAUAAAUUACUAAUAUGAAAGAUCUACUGAUGUCACUUUAACAUCAGCAAUGAGACCAAAUGGUGAAACAUUGCUUUAUACUUCAGUGCUUUCCAGUCACUGUUACCUUAGUUAUGCUGGUUGACAAUUUCCCUCUCAUCUUUCCUAGCAAAGAGGCAAAUUAAGAACCACCUGCACAUUGGAUUAUAGAGAACUGAAAAAUCCGGUGAGAUAACCUGAUUCUUUUGUACUGUGACUGGAAUAAAGCUGCCAAGGAUUAUAUUUAAUUUGGAGCCUUUUCAAGGUUGGUUCCAUUAGUGAGAGGGGGCUACCACAUGAUCACUGUACCCCUGAGAAUCCAUGAGAUGGAAAAUUAGAGGAAGAAGGCACUUAAGCUAUAUGCAGUUGGGAAAUAAACCUCCACAUCUAUUUGGAUGUGAAGCACCAUUAUUAAUUCAAUGGCAAAAUGAAACUGCUAAUUAGUUUAAAGGUAAUGUUUAAAAUGGUAUUAAACUUCCUAUAGCCUGUUAGAUAUAAUAAUAUUUAUAAUUGUAACAUUGUGUUUCUGAGAGCUUUAACUACUUCCCUUUUUAAUGCGAUUAUUUGAACGGUUGUGGCUACAUUUAAUUUGGGUUUGCUAAUAAUUGAAUCUAAAUCUAAGAGGAUACAGCAGCAUUAAUUCCAAAGGAGUUUUUUUUUAUAUAUGGAGGUGGAGCUAUGUGAAGGUCUUUGAGUACAGUGCCCCAUUAUCAAACAGUUUUUGUUCGUGUGCCACAUUAAAUAGCAACAUCUCUCAAAGUCUGUUAAUGGGGAAAAAAUGUUCAAACCUAUUUUUCUUAAGUAAAUUUGGUGAUAUCAAUAAUCUAUGAUUGGUAGAAGGUCUUUUUUGUUUGUUGAGGAUUUAAGCUCUCAAGAGUUUAUUUUAAAGGAACAUAUACUUUGAAUAACAAAUUCUGGGCAUGUUUAACUAACCUAGGUGAGAAAACCAUGGUGCUGUUUAAUUGUAAAUAGAUCAAUAUAAGAUUGGACCAAUACUUGAUGUGUACAAUUUUAGUAUGUAGGGUUUUGUGCUUUUUUAAAAAAAGAAAAAGUUCAAUUUUUCUGUCUUUGCCUUUUUUCUGUUUUUGGUUUUUUUUUUGUUUAAUUUUAAUUAUUGUUACUCUCAACAGUAAGGGUAAUCUGCCUCAUUCUAAUAAGCCUCUAAAAAGGUUUUCCUCCUUUUUAAAACAUCAGCUCAAUAAAGAAGUUUAUUAUCACCAGACUUAGGCUCUGCUAUGCCAAACUAUA